AUGGAUGACACCCAAUCCUACAUCGACGACCGCUGCCCGACAGUCUGGGGACCGCCUUCAGCAAAACCUCGAGAUGUCCUUUACGAAGCCACGCCACACAGGCAGGAGCAGCCCACUCAUCAAGAUGUGCCUCGAUCACUGCCAGCAGGCCUCAAUGGCGUAGCUCCGAGAGAGGGCCGCCGAGUCAAGCCAAUCGAUGGCGCGCUUCUUCGCAAGCUGUUUCAAGCGACGAUGGAGCAAAAGCGGCGAGUUGCAGAGAGGGAAAGAGCUGCACAGCAAGGUUACGGCGAUAUAAGGAAUUCUGCAGACGAAGAGCCAGCUCUGAAGGGCUUCUAUGUACCAAAGAGCUAUCACCCCAGCGCGAAGGGCGGUGAGCGAGUGGGAAAGGAGAAGAGCAAAACGCGUCCCCAGAAUAAGACGAAAAAGGAGACAACAGACAAGAAAGUAGGAGCAGAGAAGAAAGACAAGAAGAAAGCUCCUGCGAGUGUGGCGCCAGCUGCAGCAGACUCGCCAGUCUCCGAUGUUUUGCAAGAAGAACAUGAGGGUUCAGCGCAGGAUGACGACGUCAAGGCAUCUUCAGAAGUGCGACCUGAACCAGAGACACAGAAGGCAACACGGAAGGAAAAGUCAAAGCGCAAGGGAAACCAAGGCCCGAGCCAAGGACAGGAACAGCCGGCAAACAAGCCAAGCAAGAAGGAAAAGAAGAAGCAGAAGCAAGCUGAGAACUCAAAAGCAAAUUCGGGUGCAGAAACAGCAGAGGCGCUCAUGUCGGGUGGUCUUUUGGCAGAGAACAACGAGACGAGCUCAAACCGAGACGGCGCGGCACACCUGGACGACUUUAUCGAAGUAGGCGAAGGUCGGUGCCAGUCGUGGGAGCAGAAAGCGCCCGAACCACGCUCACCUUCAAGAGCAGGUACAGUCCACCUUCAGCCUACCGUCGAGUCAGUGACAUCCUCAAGAUCGAGCAAGCGUGGCAAGAUCUCCUCAAAGCCCCAGUCAACAAGAUCAGUACCCCAUGAGUCUUUCCCAACAGCAGAGCCCUGGUCUACAGAAGUCGAUAAGCCUGCCACCUUUGUCAGCUGGGAAGAGAUCGGACAAGGUGUGGUAGGUGAGGAUGUAGUCAGGGUCGCCUUGAGGAUCGCAUCGUCGAAACACAGCUCCAAGGCUCGGUCAGGGAAUGUCUUUGAAGGAUUCGAUCAUGCUUGGGAUGUACCAGAAGAAGAUGAGGUCGUUUCUAGGCACCAUUCUUCGAAGACUGAAAUGAGGCAUGCUUCGGACAGAAGUUCAAAGGGCCACCGAUCGAAAGGUCGACAUUCGAGGCAUUCGAGACAUUCUCGAGUAUCACAUCACUCACAGACGCCUGUCGGAAACGGUGAGCACCAAGAUCAAUUGUGGCAAGAAGAAGAGCCGGCCAACACUAGAUCGAAGGCGUCGAGCAGGAGAACAGUGGUACCAACUGUGGCGAAUGACAUGGACCCUUGGACGCAGGGCGGCCUAGAUGAGGUUGCCUCUCGACAAAGCUCCUCCAAGCACGGCUCAAGAGUUCGUUCACAGCUGACUUUCGAGGAAGUUGGAGAAGGUUGGGCUGAAGCUCCCCCGGAAGUGCUAAGAUCUGGGAAAUCGGCAGUGUCAACCCAUUCCAAACCGUUCUCUUUUCAUGAGACUCGAGGCGCUAGUCAAGCGUGGUCUCAGCGGAGUUCAGAGAGAGAGCGGCGAUCUACUGCCGGCACCUUCGAGGAGAUCGGGAAAGGCUGGAAGGAUCCAGAUGGUGUUGAAGCCCUAGCUCGCAGUCGUCAAACCAGUCUUCGGUCACGAGAGGUAUCAAGCCACGCAUGGAAUGCUCAUGAGCAGGGUCAAAGUGAGUCAGGGCCUCCUCAAUCUGGACAGGACUCAGAGAAAGGCAACGGAACAUGGGAAGAGAUCGAAGAGCAUACCUCUGCCGUUCGCUCGACCGAAUCUGCCGGGCGUUCGCACAGCACGAGCCAUUAUGAGAGAGAUCGUGAAGAAGUACGACCGACAGUCUUCGCCGGCAAGGGCUGGAUCUCACCUCACCCUCUGAGCCGCUCGCCCACCGAGAUGGCAUCUCCGCCUCAAUCGAAGAUCGUCCUUCCCAGUCAGGCGUACCCACACGGCGCAACCAUGACCUAUGAGCAAUGGCAAGCAUUGCAGGAAGAAGGGAUGCGUCGAAACAUCUCCCCGACAGAAAGCCAUCUAACCAUCAAUGCGAGACGUGCUCAGAGUAGGCAUAGAUUUGCGGGUUGGGGAGCGCAUUCUUCUGACGGGCAUCGCUUCGAGGAGAGCAUUCGCGAAGAUGAAGCUGAGGCUUCUGUGAGUGGCCCUGCCAGCUAUCGUGUACCGAGCAUGGACAGUGAGCGGAGCAGUGGUGGGUUGUUGUCUGAUGAGCGUCCACCAACCCAGGAGGAUACGUAUGUCCACGACCUAGCUCACAAAAGCACCUGGGGAGGGACAUGGGAAGAACAGCAUGCGUCAGAGCGGAGCGAGCAAAGUAGACAACACAGCCGGGUGCAGACGCUCUCUGAAUGGUCGCACGAACACUCCGGAUCGAAGCAAGCUCAUGAUGGAUCUGGACUGACUGGCGAGGGUGGGAGUCGGGACAGCAGUCGACCAAGCAGCCAGCACGAUAGCGAUCACAAUCUACACCGCAGUAGUCGACAGAGUAGAAGGCAGAGUGGUAGCCACAGAAGCAGUCGACACAGCAGUCACAAGCACAGCCAUCACAGUGACAAGCGGUCAGAGUCUGUUCGAAGUCAACCGCAGUCAGUCGGCUGGGGCAGGCUCUCUCUUGGGACUGCUAGAUCUCGGAAACCAAAGCGCCAUGAGAGUGAGAGUCACAAGAGCCAUCGUAGCAGUCACCAUACGGGUCGACGCUCAUCAUCAUACCAGAGCAAGACCGUAUCGGACGACUCGAAAGCGUCUUCCCACGACACUGGGGAGAGUGGUCACACCACACGGCACAGUGACGGACAUAGCAGCCACCGGCACAGUCGACACAGCAACGACCGUUCGGCAUCGGCUCAGAGCGAGGCUCACGCAGCAGACUCGACUCAAUCACCGCAUUCCUCCGUCAAUUCCCGCCACAAGUCCAGCCAUCACAGCAGCAACCAUCGAAGCCACCGCACCUCUCACCGCACUCCAUCCGCCCAAAGCAGUGCACGCCCAAGCUCCAUCCACCACGCCUCAGCAGCAUCCAUGAGCUCCAACGAGCGCAUGCAAGAAGUCAUGGAAGAAGGCCGCAACGUCUGGAGCGACAUCCCUCAAUACGACGGCACCGUAUCGGAUCGCGAGCAGUACAUCGAGCGGAGCGAUCUCUCCGCCAUCCCGACGAGUCAGUUGUAUUGGAAGAGGUAUCGAGGGGAUGGGGAGGAUAGUGGGGUUGAGAGGUGGGAAUAA